CGGGGCUGCGGAGCCGCCGGGACCCCUCCGCCCGGCCGGGCUCAAGAUGCAGUAAAGUUGGGAGAAGGAUUCAGAUGUAAAACUACAGCCUGACCAUGCACUGAUGAGGAAACAGCCCCAUGUACUGACUCCCACUCUCACAACCCUGUGCCUGAUUUGAAGUGACAGUGAGCGGAAGCAUAAGGUAUCUCUCAUUCUGUUUGGACUCCUUGUUUACAGAAGAGUGAUGGAGAUGCUAUUAAGCACAAAAGGCAUCACCAUAUGCCUGUUUUUCUUUGUAUUGAGUUUGGCAGCAGCUAUUGAAAUACCAUUAUCAGUUUCCCAGCUUCCAACCAUCACGGAGCAAUCCCACACCCAGGUUGCCUACCCUUUUGACGAGGACUUCACCAUUAAAUGUGAAGCCAGAGGAAACCCCCAGCCCACCUUUAACUGGACUAAGGAUGGAAAACCCUUUAAUUUAUCAUCUGACCCGAGGAUAGUUACAUCUAACAACUCUGGAACUUUUGUGAUCCAAAACCGGGGAAUCAUCAACAAUUUCCAAGGGAAAUAUCGCUGCUUUGCCUCCAACGUGCUGGGAACUGCCAUGUCAGAGGAAAUUGAGCUGAUUGUUCCAAGUGUACCAAAAUUCCCCAAAGAAAAAAUUGAGCCUCUGGAUGUGGAGCAUGGGGAUUCUGUGAUCCUGCACUGCAACCCCCCAAAAGGCAUCCCACCUUUGCAUAUUUACUGGAUGAAUAUUGAUUUGCAGCACAUCCCACAGGAUGAGAGGGUCUCCAUGAGCCUGAAGGGAGAUCUCUACUUUGCCAACGUGGAGGAGAGUGACAGCAGGAGUGACUACUGCUGCUUUGCAGCCUUCCCGAGGCUCAGGACCAUCGUGCAGAAGAUGCCGAUGACGCUGAAGGUUUCCCGCUUAAAGCAUGCUAAUGACUCAGGCUCACCUAACGCUGCUGUUACCAAGGCAAAUUUUAUCAAGGAAAGGAAGCCCAAACUGCUGAUCCCUCCUGAAUCUGCUGGCAGUAGCUCAUCAGUCACUGUCAUCAAGGGAGGUGUCCUGCUCCUCGAGUGUAUUGCUGAAGGGCUCCCAACUCCUCAUCUCAGCUGGGUCAAGGUCACGGGAAAUAUGCCCAAGGAUGAGCCAGAGACAGAGAAUUUUGGGAAGAUGCUGAAGAUUGACCAAGUGACAGCAGCUGAUGAGGGGACGUACCAGUGCACAGCCAGCAACCCCAUGGGCAGGGCCAGGCACGAGUUCCACGUGCGUGUGGAAGAGCCUCCCCAGUGGCUGAAGAAGCCCGAAGGUGGGGUCUACAGCGUGGGGGCAAACCUGGUGCUGCUGUGCGAGGCCAUCGGGAACCCCGAGCCCAGCAUCCAGUGGAAGCUCAACGGGAUGCCCAUCGAUGGCAGGACCUUCCGAGGGAGAAUCUCCACCAGGGAGAUCAGCCUGACCAACCUGCAGCUGCAGGACAGCGCCGUGUUCCAGUGCGAGGCCACCAACAAGCACGGCACCAUCCUGGCCAGCGCCAACGUCAACGUCCUCAAUAUUGCCCCCCUGAUACUGACCCCAGAUGAGGAAAACUACGCCACGGUCGUGGGUUACAGCGCCUUCCUGCACUGCGAUAUCUUUGCCUCACCUGCAGCAGAUGUCAGAUGGACUAAGGAUGACAGCAUAGAGCCCCUGUCAACAUUUCGCUACGAGUUAAACAAGAACGGCACCCUGGAGAUCAGGGAUGCAAAAAAGGAGGAUUCGGGGUCCUAUGCCUGCUGGGCUGCAAAUUCUGUGGGGAAAAGAGCAAUCACUGCUAAUCUGGAUAUAAGAGAUGCUACAAAACUUGUUGUUACUCCGAAGAACCCCCGAGUGCUGAAAUCACAUUCCAUUUUAUUGAAAUGCCAGGCUGAGUAUGAUUCCCACUUGAAACACAGUUUUAAAUUAUCCUGGAGGAAGGAUGGAGAUGAGCUGCCAGUCAACAGCACGGAAGGUGGCAGGAUAAUUCUGGACAGGGAUACCCUGUUCAUCUCCAGUGUGCUCCUGGAGGAUCAGGGGGUUUACAGGUGUGUGGCCAGCACUGCCCUGGACUCUGCUGAGGCUGAGACACAGCUGAUCGUUCUGGAUGUUCCUGACCCACCAGAAGACCUCCAGCUCUCAGAAAACCAAAACCGGAGCGUUCGACUCUCCUGGAAAGCUGGGGCCAGCCAUAACAGCCCUGUUAAUGAGUCAAUUAUAGAGUUUGAAGAGAACCGCUGGGAGCCGGAGAGGUGGCAGGAGCUCAGCAGAGUGCCAGGGAACGUCACCACAGCCCUGCUGUCCCUGGCCCCGUAUGUGAAUUACCAGUUCCGUGUGGUGUCCGUCAACGCCGUGGGCAGGAGCCAGCCUAGCACACCAUCCCUGCGCUAUGCGACCCCUCCAGCUGCUCCAGAUAAAAACCCAGAGAAUAUCCGAGUUGAAGCUUCUGAACCCAAUGAAAUGGUGAUGAAAUGGGAGCCACUGAAGCCCACGGAGAGGAACGGGCCGGGGCUGGAGUACAAGGUCAGCUGGAGGCAGCGGGGUGUGGAGACCGACUGGAACGAGGAGCUGGUGAAGAAGCACUCCCUGAGCGUGCGGAACGUGCCCACCUUCGUGCCCUACGAGAUCAAAGUCCAGGCCGUGAAUAAUUUGGGAUCUGGCCCGGAACCAAACAUCACCAUUGGAUAUUCAGGAGAGGACGUUCCAGAUGCUGCUCCUUCGGGCGUGUCAGUGGAGGUUGUGAACAGCACCCUGGUCCAAGUCUUCUGGUUUGGGAUACCGAGGGACAGAGUUCGUGGGCACUUAAGAGGCUACAAGGUCAGCUGGUGGAAAACAAGAAGCAUGCUGGAUGGAAAGAGGCAUCACCCAGAGAAACAUUUCCUGACGUUUGUAGGAGACAGGAACUCUGGAAUGAUUCCUGGCCUGGAGCCCUUCAGUGAAUUCCACUUGACAGUUUUGGCUUUCAACUCCAGAGGAGAUGGCCCUGAGAGCUCCCCUGUGGUGUUUGAGACUCCAGAAGGAGUCCCUGAACAGCCACGUUUUCUCAGGAUCCUGAACUUUGACAAGGACUCAGUCACUCUGUCCUGGGGACUUCCCAAGAAAGCCAAUGGCCACCUCACUGGCUACAUUCUGCAGUACCAGAUAAUCAACGAGACGCAUGAGGUGGGCGCCGUGAGCAACGUGAGCGUGGCCAACCGCUCGGCGCUGAGCUGGCGCCUGGCGGGGCUCAGCCCCAGCACCAAGUACAAGUUCUACAUCAAAGCCUGCACGGCCAAGGGCUGCGGGAAGGUGGCCACCGAGGAGGGGCUGACGCUGGCCCAAGGCAGUAAAGGCAGCGGCAGGAUUUCAGACGCAGUAAAGCCCACCCCAAAGUUUCAGCCCAGCGAGGCCCUUGAGCCUGGCGCUGAGUACACAAUCCGCCUAGUGACUAAGAACUGGGUGGAUAACAAUAGCAUUUUUGAAGAUGUAAUUGAGACCAGGGGGAGAGCCUACGCUGGCAUCUACGAGGGGAUUUCCACCCAGGGCUGGUUCAUCGGGCUGAUGUGCGCCAUCGCCUUGCUCACCCUGCUGCUGCUGACAAUUUGCUUUGUCAGAAGAAAUAAAGGAGGCAAAUAUUCAGUGAAAGAAAAAGAAGAUUUGCAUCCAGAUCCCGAAGCUCAAUCAAUAAAAGAUGAAAUCUUUGGGGAAUAUAGUGACAGCGAUGAAAAGCCGCUGAAAGGCAGCCUCCAGUCACUUAACGGGGACAUUAAAGCCACUGGAAGUGCUGAUAGUCUGGUAGAUUAUGGAGAAGGGGAGCAUGGCAUGUUCAAUGAAGAUGGUUCAUUUAUUGGAGCUUAUUCUGGAUCUAAGGAGAAAGGAUCAGUGGAAAGCACUGGGAGUUCUACGGCGACUUUUCCUCUGCACGCCUAAAACGAUUGUGUUUAAUUGUGGUGUUCAUCCUGGCUAGCUCCACAGUUACUCUUGUGCUGGGGAGCAGGGUGCCACUUGAGCCAGUCAGGAGAAUCCUGAUAUCCAGGUAAUAAAAAAACGAGUCACUGCCACUAAAAGAUGAUUUUUUUCCAUCCUAAUUUCUAUGUGUUUUCUUCUCAAUAAAAUGGAGUAAUUCUUUCUUUUCUACACGAUGUGUUAGUCUGAGCAAACCAGAGUUUGCUCUGGUGGUACAUCUGUGUCCUUGCCUGCUGCUCCAGGUGUUUCUUAGGCUUGGAAUAUGUUUCUCUGUGUAGUAUUUUUGCCCUGUAUGGGUGUUGUCACAGGUGUGUGUGUAAAAUUCCCUCAUGGCCUUGGUUAUAACGUCACCAACAAAACCAGGUUACUCUGCAAAGCGACAUAACAAGGAAUAUUACAAUUUAAAAUACCAGAGAAAUAUAUUCUAUAUAUUGUAUAAUUUUUUUUCCUAAAGAAUUAAACCCCUUUGUGUAUGAUAUUAAAAAAAAAAUGUUUUAGUGGUUACAGCUGACUUCCAUUACCAAUAUUUAGAAAUGCAGCUUUACCCACAGGAGAGUGUGGGUGAAGCUGCUGCCCAGUAGCUGGCACUAUUUCCUUAAAUAAGUUAAGCUGCAGCUCUUUCCUGUGGCAAGGCAAAACAGGGUUCCCAUCCACCAUCACUCGAAAGAUUUUUAAUUUUUCCCAGCUGCAAGCUGCAUUUCUAAGCAAACUCUUUGGUGUCUGUCUCAUAUCUGUAUAUUUGUGAGCUAGCCAACAUUUCAUGGAGGCGUUGUACAUAUGAUAUUAAUAUUGACACAAGUCCAGAGCAGCCUGGUUUUAUUUUGAACUGAGACAUGUUGCUAGCAUGGGUCUGUAUAGCUGUGUAGGAAUGAGUAGAUUUGCUUCUCAAUAUGGAUUUGGACCAGCAAAAUUAGUUUUGAGGAGGAGUUGUGUGUAUAGGAAUCAUCCAAACCUCUCACCUUUCAAGCAGCAUCUAAACUAGACCUACCUGAAUUUCAAGAGUUCAUUUCUUUUCAACCUAAUCACUGUUAAAUAAACAAAAAGCAAAAGCAAAGAGAAAAUAUUAUAGUAGAGUUUGUUUUCCUAUUUUGUUGACUGAAUGCUGGUUUCAAUCUGGUUCUUUGCCUCUCCAACACUAACUCAGCCGAGCUGUACAGCACAUUUUUUUGGUCUUUUUGUAUUGGAAUCUCCUGAAUCUCUUUUUAACAGCAUUUGUAUUUUUGAAUCUGCUUGUUUGAGUAGAGCAUCAACAUGGCUUCGUUUCUUCUGACACUCCCACUAUAAAAGUUUUUCAGUAGUUCCUGCAGGGGAGGAAUAGAUCCUAAAAGCUGUUUGGCAUCCUGAUAGCAAUUAGGCAAAUAUCCCCAAAUGGCUCCCCCAUGAUUUCAGUGGAAUAAAGAGAGGAAGCAAGAAUUACUCACGUGGUUCUGAGUUUCCAGCAAGGGCUACAGUUAAGCCCAGGGAAAUGCAGAUUUUUCCCAGUGGAAGGGCUGUGGAUCCCACACAGCUCCCCCAGGCUGGGGCUGCUCCUCAGAGCUUGGCAGUUUCUGGAAGCCUUUGGUGCUCAAGCUUCUGCUUAUCUGUGCCUCUUUUUGGGGUUUUAAUUAGAGCUUUUAAGGGCUUUUUAUGUAACCUCUAUUUAGGAAAAGCAAACCCCAAACAGCCACCCCAAAAGCCCCAUUCAGACUAUGAAUAUAAAACAGUGAGUGGAAAUCUGCCCUCAAUCAAAAAUUAUCCCAUCCCAUAGCAGUGACCCACAUUAUUCACUUUUUAUUACUUACAAAGUCCUAUUUUCUGUACUUCACUCAAUCGAAACACUGAAAAGGUCCAAAAGUCUUUUAGGUAUUUUUUGGGGAAAAAAAAGUAAUUUUCCAAAGAAGGGAGUUAGAGAAUUAGAAUUAGAGAAAUGUGAAAAUUGGCAUCUCAUCAACAGAGACAUUUCCCAGCAGCAUCUUUAUCUGCUGACUCGUGUCUGCUGCAGCCCAAGCCAGAUAAAAUCUAAGAACUGAUUAGGCUUGUGACAACUUACUGCUUGCUUUGGGCUGCUUUUAAUGUGUUUCCUUUGGGAAUCAUCUGCAGGGAUCAAAGCUCUUUGAAAAUUAGGGAAUAAAAUGGGGGUGGGCUCCCCUAAAUCCUCACUUUGGGCUGGAGGGGCUGUGCCUGAACACACCCAUCACGUUUUCCUGUGGAGCACUGCAGAUAAACCAGACCCCUCAUCCCAGAAAAUGCCUCUGUUAAACAAUAUUCAAUUCCUUUGUUCAAUUUCAGACCGUAUUAGUGAGUGUCAAAUGAUCCAAUAAUGGAUAUAAAUCCCCCGUGCAGCUCCUGCUCUUUCGCUGCUAAGAGGUGUUUGUGAUGUGCUGCUUUUGUCCACUCAGAUUUUAAUUCACAGCCUUAAAUCUUUGUGUUGGUGUUCCACGAUGCCUCAGGACCUAAAAAUCAAACAGGGAGGAAAAGAUGUGCAAUGGAACCUGGAUUUUUGAACACGGGUUUUGAGGAAGAUGCCCAGUGAAUAUUUAACAAGAGGCUUAAACUCCCAGGAAAUCUCACUCACCUGAGCUUUUUCCUCUUCCCCAGUCACUUAUUUUCCUUUUUCUCCUGCACUGUGAUUUUUUUCUGCUGUGAAGGUACCCUGGAAAGUGCAGGUUAGUGAUGGUUUUUUAGAGAUUUUUGUUUUCAAAAUUAAAUUAACAGAGCAAGCUGAGGUUUUCCUGGGGAGUUUUUUGUCAUUGCAGGGAGCUGGGCUGUGUUUUUGUCUUGAUCUGUGCUGGGUGAGAGGAAAUGUGACCAUGUAGCUCAGAAAAAGAGUCACCAACUGCUCUGCAGUUACAGAUCUUCCUGAGUUGGAAGGGAUCCACAGGGUCAUCACAAUCCAGCUUCUGACCCUGCACAGGACAGCUCCAAAAAUCACACCCUAUUCUGAAAUAGUGCAUUGAACAUUAAAUCUUUGCAUUGGUUUGUUUGGGACUUUUUGGAUUUUUUUUUUUUUUUUCUUUCUCUGGCCAGGAGUGUUUAUUAAAAUCAGCUCCUGGAAAUCCGUGGGGAUUCCAUUAAUUAACACCUAGCAGGGAAUUCCAGCCUGCCUGCUGGGAGGAGGGAGUCCAGCCAUGGGAGCAGAACAGGGAAUUAGGAAUUAUCCCAUCCCAGGCUGUGGUUGGGUCCCUUUGGUUCUGACACAUUUUGCCUCAGAAGAAGUGUGAGAGGGGAAAUGGCACUUUCAGACUUGAUAUCCAAGGCAAGCCAGGAUGUAAUUCCACCCAUCAGGGAGGAGGCAUUUCCCUGGCCCCACAGAUCCAGGUUGGGGGAUUUAAGAAGCCUCUGGAAGAAGAGAGAGAGGGCUCUUGCUGAAACAGUUGUGCAGUUUUGAUCGUGCAUAACAUUAAACAAAUAAAAUCAACUCUUCUUAAAUAAUGGGAAGAAAACCCCUCUCUCCUUUCUUCCAAGGAAGCUGUUUGGAUUCCCAGAGCAGAAUAAUACUGAUAAUUUUUCUCUUAUUUAUAUAUAUAUAUACACACAUACACACACACACACACACACACACACACACAAACACAUGCAUAUAUAUAUAUAUACAUACAGCUAUAUAAAAAUUUAAUAGCAUUAUCAAGAAUUUGCAGGAACAGCCCCAGCUUCCCUCUCUAUCAAAAUUAGGGGAUCCAAUCUCCAGAAACCCUCAUGGCUCUGCACUCCAGCAUGAUAAAAGUACAGCACUGGGCAUCAAAGCCCUGCUGGGGCUGGAUUUUUAGGAAGAGCAGAAUUAGGAAUCAAAUCAGAAAAUUUACUUCUCCCCUCUGGAUAAAAUUGUGUGUUCAUGUAUAAAAAACUUUAAAAACAUUUGUUGUAAGUCACAUCUUAGAUGGAUCUGAUUAGCAAAUCAUUUAAUGAUUGAUAUUUGUUCUGCUGUGUUGAUGUUACACAAAUUCCAGUGAGUAGCUCUUUUCCUGGGAACUGCUUCCAUUGGCUAAAUGGCUUCAAUCCAGUGCACGAGAGGUUUUCAUCAAAGUUUUCAGGCCAAUAUUAUUUUUGACAUGAAAACAAAUAGUAGCACAAUCUUUCUAUAUAUAUAUAUUUAAAAAAAAAAAAAAAAGGUGGGAUUUUUAAGCAGUGAUUCCACGUUUUUUAAAGAAAAGUUAGAAUAAAAUUCACUACUCCUUGAGCUUUCGAGAGGAAACCUCAGCAUCGUUUUUCACAGCCAUGAUUUUGCAGAUGAGAAGUGUAUUUAGGUUAUUUUGCUUACCUGUAAGAACAGAUAGACAGAAAGGGAAUUCUUCAUGCAGAAUUCCCUUUGUUUGCCAAUGGAUCACACCCUCAGCUGCAUCUCUGUCAGUGUUUAUGACAAAAAAUAAAGGUACAAACCACGCUGGAGUAGCAGGACAUGUUUACAUUGCAGCUCUGGAUCUCUCCUGUCAAAUCUCAAGCGAUCUGCACUGAUUUGUUCUGUUUUCAGGCAGGAGCCCCUCGGGGGGUUUGAGCCAAAGCAUUCUGUCUGUUCAUUUUUUUUAUUAUUAUGGUUCUGACUUUAAACAAGAGACUUUGUAAUUUCAUGAGAAAAAGAUCAAAGCAAAUGUGGUGUCACCAUCACAAUGUUACUUUUUUUGGGAGCUAAAUGUUAGUGUGCAUUGAUUAAAGUUUAGAGAAAUGUGUUGUACUGUAGUUGCUGUUUGUACCACGCAGAUGUGCACGUACGGUUUGAAAAGAUAUUUUCAUUUUACAUGAAAUACAACUUUGCUAAUAAAAGUUUGACUUGAUGUAAUCUUCAAAAGC